AUGCUCUAUGGGCAUACCGCACUGCCUUCAAAACACCACUUGGUACCACCCCCUUUCAUCUUGUUUAUGGUAAAGCAUGUCAUUUACCUGUGGAGCUUGGAGUACAAAGCAGCUUGGGCUAUUAAGGAGUUGAACUUCAACCUAAAGACAGCAGGAGAAAGAAGAUUGAUUCAGCUGAAUGAGCUUGAUGAGAUUAGGCAUCUGGCUUAUGAGAAUUCAAAGAUCUAUAAGGAGAGAACCAAAGCUUUCCAUGACCGCAAGAUCAUCCCAAAGAACUUUGCGCCAAACGACCAAGUUCUACUAUUCAACUCAAGGUUGAAACUCUUUCCAGGAAAGCUUCGCUCAAGAUGGUCAGGACCAUUCAGGAUUAAAGAAGUUCGCCCCUAUGGAGCAGUGGUACUAUGGGACCCAAUGGGAGGAGACUUUACAGUCAAUGGACAAAGGUUAAAACCCUACCUAGCCUCCACCACCAUACCACAGGAGACCACACUGCUCUUGGCGAUCCACCAGAUCCUUAAGGAAGUGCCAUACAGUCAAGCUAAUGACUUUAAACAAAGCGCUGAAUGGGAGGCAACCCAUUGA